CUCCUGUUCUUCGACUCUUUGCGAUCUGCUAUUCUUCCAACUUGGAAUCCAGUCGCAGAGCUGCACCAAGUUUACAUUCCCUGUUUAAAAGAUGGCCCUCACGGAAUCAAAGAAAAAACUGGCCUUGGCCAUAAUAGAUUUUCUUAGCACAAGUGCCAAAGAUGGUACUCUCUCCGCCGAAGAUGCCGAGUCAAUGGAGAUUGCCCAGUCAUGCAUCGCCGACGCCUUCAAGGUCGACCCUUCAAACAAGGCCGCCACGCAGGACGCCCUAGGAGGCCAGUCGCUUUUGAGCAUUUAUACAGUGUACGAAAAGCUUAAGGGCAAAGGCACUGCCGCUAAGCCUAGCAAAGAUGCCGGUAGUGAAUCAAAACCUGCUGCCUCUAAACCAACCCCAGGUGCGCCUACCGAGGAAUCGGAUAGAUUGAAGUCAGAGGGCAAUGCGGCAAUGGCUCGUAAAGACUACAUUGGAGCCAUCUCCUUCUACACUAAAGCACUUGAAAUUGCCCCUGCAAACCCAAUUUAUCUGUCCAACCGUGCCGCUGCCUUCUCUGCUUCUGGAAACCAUGCAAGAGCCGUGGAAGACGCUGAGGUGGCUGUGGCUGCUGAUCCGAAAUACGUAAAGGCCUGGAGCAGGCUGGGCCUUGCCAAAUUUGCGCUUGGUGAUGCGAAAGGUGCCGCUGAAGCCUACGAGAAAGGCAUCGAAGCUGAGGGCAACGGUGGGAGCGAGGGUAUGAAAAAGGGCCUGGAGACCGCUAGGAAGCGGAUUGAAGAAAUGGAGAAGAAGGAUAAUGAGCCGCCUGCAGAAGAUGUUGAUGAUGCGGCCGGCUCCACACGCGGUGCUGGCGGCAUGCCUGACCUCUCGUCCCUUGCUAGCAUGCUCGGAGGUGGUGGGGCUGGCGGCGGUGCGGGCGGUGGCAUGCCUGACCUUAGCUCCAUAAUGAACAAUCCGAUGUUUGCCAGCAUGGCACAGAAUAUUAUGAGCAAUCCGGACAUGUUAAACAACCUUAUGAGCAACCCACGCUUGAGACAGAUGGCUGAGAAUUUCGGUGGCGGUCAAGGCGGUCUUCCCGAUAUGUCGAGCCUGAUGAAUGAUCCGAACAUUGCUGAAAUGGCUCGCAAUCUCAUGGGUGGUGGAAGAGGUGCCGGAAGAGGGCAAUAAUUGUAUUACUUCUAAUAAUGGCUGCACUUUGUUUCUCCUUGGAGACCCACGUAUCGACGGCCGUUAUAAGUGACGUGCCACGGCCUUGGGGGUUUGGGCGUUCUAUUUCAAGAUCAUUUACACUUGUCAAGUUGUACCAGAAGCGAGGUUUGGCGAUGGACAAAUGUCUUGAAGAAUACCGCUACCACUAUAAUCUAUAAGUAUGUCACCAUCGGCAUUUUCAAGAGGCUCAAGCUGAAGAGAGACAAUCUUAUUAUUUUCCAGACCGCAGGCCCUAAAAGCUUGCUUGUAUUUACAGUGAAUAUCCAUGAGAAGAGAGGAUGACGCAUCUCGUAAACUAACAAAUCCAACCCCUUUGCAACCAUAUGGGAAGAAAAACCGGUGCAAGUCACAGGCGCCCACGCAUCGAAGGAGACAACGUAAAGAAAUGAAAAGAAAAGGCAUUUAUCCCACCAGAUCAUGAUCUAUAUGGACUCCAAAUAAUAGUGUACAUCGAGGACGGGAAUAGCUCCAAAGGCCAGGGCUAUGCAGGACAAAGAAAGGGAAUCGACAUAAUAGUACUAAAACAGGCAGGGAUUAAACCGUGCAGGAAGGGCAAAGAUGGACCUGGAAAGAAUAAACGACAUUCGCUUCUUUUAUUUUUAUUGAAAGAGAUCAAAAUUGGGACUUCGAUCAUAUAUAGUCCCGGCCGGACUUUUGAAGCUCAAUCAUUCUCCAACCUCUGGUUUCCGGAUUAUUAACGUCCUCCGGAAUUCUGGUCACGCCGAUUGCAUAAGUCACUAAUUGGACUUUAUCUUCCAUACCGGCAGCGAGCUCGUUCGUUUUGGCGUUGCGAUAAACAUGCACCUCCUGAGUUCGGCAAGUCACGAUGAAAACAGGAAUGUCCCCCGGCUCCAACAUCCGCGCAUGGGAGAUGUCCACAUGGCGAAUAUCAAGGAUACGGCCAUCUGAUUUUAGGCCCGCAGUGGUAUAUUGUUUUGCCAGAGCUGCGUACACAUGGAAUUGCGCAUCGGAUAGCCAAAGCUUAAGGGUCUCAGCAUCACCCUUGACGUAGGCAUCUAAAACUUCGGGGAGUAUAUACUCUCGCAUCUCGCGCAAGAAUGGUUCGAUCUGGAAGUUGGGAUCCAUCUGGCGAAAUUUCUUGAUCACCAUUGCGGUUUCGUUCUCGGCGAAGAAGCCCGCCACUCGGUCAGAUAUGCUGCGGGCGGUGGAAAUUAAAGGAUUCUCAGAUUCAUUGUAGGUAUUUUUGAGAUUAAAGUAUUGUUGCAUGAUGCGGCUGGAAUCCCUGAAUUCACGCCAGGAUUCCUUCCAGGCGGCAUCUUUAUGGAC